AUGGUGGCUCUUCAGAAUUGCUUGAGAGCUGGGCCAUUUGCUCAGUCUUUAGCCAAGACUCCACCUCGUACUUUCACAGAGGCCUUAGCCCGGGCUAAUAAGUACAUCAACGCCGAAGAGGUGGUGAAGGUGAAGCGGGUGGAACAACCUGACAGGAAAGAAAGAGAAAAGGAGAAGAAAAAACCGGCCCCAGAUCGAGCAGAGAUUCUCCUGGCAUUGGAGGAUAAGAAUUAUUUACGGCGUCCUCCCCCGCUGAAAUCUCCACCCAACACUCGAAGCAAAAAGAAGUAUUGUCGUUUUCACCUCGACCACGGUCAUGAUACUGAGGAUUGCAUCCAACUGAAAGAAGAAAUACAAGAGCUUAUCAACCGAGGAUACCUUCGGGAUUUCGUGGGUCGAGGAGGUACGAGCUCGGGCAAGGUAGAAUCCAAGUCGGAGCAUCGAGGGAGGUCUCCUACUCGAGAUCGCUUUCGAGAGCGAAGCCGAACACCGCCCCGAAGAGAAGGAAAACAGCCCGCCGAGGAGGGGGGACAGAAGUUUAUCUUGUACACGCUGGCGACAGGGACAGUUCUAGGGUCCCACUCAACUGCUCCCAAGAGCACGGUAAAGGAAGGGGUGGUCAUCACUUUCUCUGAGGAGGAUCUUCCGAGUUAUCCCAGCUAUUCGGACCCUCUGGUGAUCACUACUCAAGUGGGAGAGUGGGAGAUGAGGCGAAUCCUCGUGGACCCAGGUAGCUCUUCAGAGAUUCUCUACAAGAGGGCAUUCCUAGGGAUGGGGUUCACGCUCGAUCAGCUGAGGCCAGUCCGUGUCCCAUUGGUGGGUUUUGAUGGAAUGGUGAUCCAUUCUGAAGGUUUGAUCCGGUUGCCCCUGACGGUCGGUAGUGGUCCUCAUAAAUCCCGAGUGACGUUGGAUUUUUUGGUGGCAGAUGUGCCCUCGGCGUACAAUAUGAUCCUUGGUAGGUCUGGGCUUAGUGCUUUGAGGGCAGUACCGAGUACGUUUCACAUGGUGUUGAAAUUCCCUACUUCGGGAGGGAUUGGCAAGGUAAGAGGAGACCAGCGGCAGGCUAGGGAAUGCUACGUGGCCUCUUUGAGUGCCACUAUGGCCAAGGGGUCAGAGUUAGACUCAGGACCGAAUCAGGAGGCGGUCCCUCAAGCUAGUCAAGGUCAGAUGGAGACGGAACAGGUGAGAGACCCAAGUAUAGGAGCAGGUCAGAGGUCAGUAAGGGAGGAGGGACAGAAUUCCGCUGCCCCUCCCACUGUGGUUACUAGUUUCAUCUUGGAAGGUCCGGAAGAGCCUAAGACUUCAGAGCCAGUGGAUGAGCUCGAGGAAGUCCCACUUGGGGAAGAGCUCGAUCGGACAGUGCGAAUCAGUGCCAAGUUACAGGAGCCCUUGAGGUCCGAGAUCCUUUCACUCCUACGCCGAUAUCAAGAUGUGUUUGCAUGGUAUACCCUAGAUAUGCCGGGGAUAGACCCAGCGAUCAUGACACAUCGCUUGGGGCUCUACCUGGAUUGUGUGCCGGUAAGACAAAGGAAGAGGAAGUUUGCCUCAGAGCGGGCUAAAGCUAUAGAGGCGGAGGUGGAAAAGCUUAUGGAGGCUAAUCAUAUUCGGGAAGUCAACUACCCAGAGUGGUUAGCCAACGUGGUUCUUGUCUCCAAGGGAUCGGGAAAAUGGAGGCUUUGUAUUGAUUUUAAAGAUCUUAACAAGGCUUGCCCGAAAGACAGUUACCCUCUGCCCAGGAUUGAUGCGUUGAUUGACAGAACAACGGGGUGUCAGCUAAUGAGCUUCCUGGAUGCAUUCCAGGGGUACCACCAAAUCCCACUACACCCUGAAGAUCAGGAAAAGACCGCCUUCAUCACGGAUAAGGCUACCUAUUGUUACCGAGUUAUGCCCUUUGGGCUGAAGAACGCUGGAGCUACAUAUCAGAGGUUAGUCAACAAACUGUUUAAAGCUCAACUCGGUCGAAACAUGGAGGCUUACGUGGAUGACAUGUUAGUCAAGAGUCUAUUGGCUGAACAGCAUCCGGACGACUUGGAGGAGUGCCUCAAAACCUUACGCCAGUAUCAGAUGAAGCUCAACCCGGCCAAGUGUGCCUUCGGGGUUACAGCUGGUAAAUUCUUGGGGUUCAUGGUGCAUUACCGGGGAAUUGAGGCUAACCCUUCGAAGAUAAAGGCCAUACUCGAGAUGCCUUCCCCUCGAAGUAUCAAGGAAGUGCAGAGGCUAACCGGGAGGAUAGCAGCAUUAGGGAGGUUCUUGUCAAGAUCUGCGGAAAGACAGUUGCCAUUCUUUAAGGCCUUGACUCGAGUCCAGAAUUUUGCAUGGACAGAGGAAUGUCAGGAGGCAUUUGAGCAGCUGAAACAAUGUCUAGUCUCCCCCCCAGUCCUGGCAAAACCGCAGCCAGGAGAGUCACUAUAUAUUUAUCUAGCUGCCUCAGAUGAGGCUGUCAGUUCGGUUUUGGUACGGGAGGAGGACAAAAUCCAAAAGUCGGUCUAUUAUGUGAGCAAAAGGUUGGCUGGUGCUGAGAUUCGUUACACUCCAACAGAAAAGUUGGCCUAUGCCCUAGUCAUCUCCGCUCGAAAGUUGAGGCCUUACUUUGAGGCACACCACAUUAUCGUCCUAUCAAGUCAGCCACUGAGGCAUAUGCUGGGAAAGCCGGACUUAUCGGGGAGGAUGCUCAAAUGGGCAGUAGAGCUGAGUGCUUUCGACAUCGACUAUCGACCUCGGCCGGCCAUCAAGGCGCAGGCUCUUGCCGACUUCAUCGUGGAAGGCACCCUACCAGAGGAAGCAGACGAAGGGAUUUCCCAGACUUGGACUCUCUCUGUAGAUGGCAGCUCCAGUGUCGGAGGCAGUGGCGCUGGAUUACUACUGCAGGGCCCCGAUGGCCAGGCUUGGCCGUAUGCCCUCCACUUCGAGUUCAAUGCCUCUAACAAUGAGGCCGAGUAUGAGACGCUCAUUGUCGGGCUCAGACUAGCGGAACAGAUGGGAGUCAGGGAUCUGGAGGUAUAUUCUGACUCGAAUUUAAUUGUGCAGCAGGUCACAGGAGAGUUCGAGGCCCGAGAGGACGUCAUGGCCCAAUACUUGGCGAUAGCCAAGGAUCUUAUGGCACGAUUUCGGACAGUGAAAAUCAAUCAUGUCCCAUGA